GUAUAAUAAAAUAAUUUAGAACUCACGUAACUAAAAAUUCCGAUACAAAGGUUGACUCGUACGUGACUUCCUGCGGCAUAAUUCAAUUUUAAAGGGGACUUAACUUCUGUGACAAUGGUUGCUGAGUUAGCAGGCAUUCCGAUUGUUGUCAGUGCUAAAGACAAGUCAUCAUCAAAGUUGUCAGUAGUGUCAUUGUCUUCUGAUACAGAGGUCGAUUCAGAAUCACAUAAUAAAGAUAAAAAAAAAAGACCGCGAUGGAUUAGAACAGCAACACGUGAUCCCAUUUACACUGUUCUAGAUGACCGAGAUUGUUCGUACAUAAAUAAAUCUAAUAAGUGUUUAGAAAUAGCAAUAAGUGCCGUGAAAAGUCAAGCAAUCAAAGAACCUGAAGAGCCUUUGUACAGUGUCGUGAACAAACCGCGAAAAUUUACCGACGCGGAAGUCAGUCCUGAAGAAAAAUCAAGACAAGAAAUAUUAUCUAAGCAGCGAGAGCUUCACAAGUGGCUCGAGUCUUCAUCUUCAGCAGCUAAAGAACAGCUCGAAAUGAAUGAAAAGCCAGAUGAUCCUUGGGCCGCUCCAGGUAUUUCUGUUCCUCGCGGUGUAAUUGGAAUUGUCGGGCCUUACGGUCGCGCUUACACGAAUCCAAAUGAAAAACGUGAGUACAUGCUUGAAGAAGAGCUAGAAGAAAUAGAGGAAUGUCCAGAAGAUAUUUCAACUGCUGUUGAUUCAAUUGAUGGGAGAUAUAGAGAUAAAAAUGAUAAAUCUGCAUAUGAUGAUGACAAAGACAGUCAUAUUGUUAAGAAGGAAAUAAAUCGCAGGCCUAAAUGGAGAGUUAUAAGUGAAGUUGACGAACAAGAAAUAAUAAAAGAGAUAACGAUGGAUAAAGAAACUAGUCUGGAUAAUCGGGAUAGCGAUGACAUUGAUGACAUUUAUGGUGACAAGCUGCCUAAAUAUUUUUCAAAAGACAAUUAUGAUAACGCAAAUAAUGAACCCCACGAUCGCGACAGCUUGAAUGAAACAGGAAGUACGACAGGUGGUACAACAGAAGGGAAUCCAGGGAAUAGCAGAGAUAAAGCUGGACCUAGUGAACCAGCAGAUACCAAUCAAAGUGCUAAGCCUACUUCCACAACGGCACCAUCUAGAUCACUAGUUUCUAGGAUUCUCGCGCGCGCGAGAUCUCCUGAUGAUCUUCUAGAUCAACCAGAGCCUUAUUCGCAACUAUGGAUCGUCUUAUCAAACGUCUAUGGAGAACUGCUGAUAGUCCUUAUGAUGGCACUUUGUCUAGCCGAAGUUAUGGACACACCAGUGCAAUUAUUAAGUCUUCAGAGUAUUUUCUUAAUGUACCUCUACGUUGGAAGUAUUAUCGUAAUAAUAAGUAUUUACCUGUGGGUACUAAUCGACAGUUGCGGAAAUUUAUCAGGUAGCAGAGAUGAUAUCGAACUUGGUGGCACGUCGCUCACUAGAUUUGGUUCGCUUAAAAAAGCUCACAUUUCACGAGCAAGAACUGCACCAACUAGUUUUUAUAUACGCGUUGGAGCCUUACUGUUUGGUCUCGCAACUUUAGUCUUCAAUGGGUUAGAAAUGGCAAUGCACUCAUUGAUGCAAGGAGCUGAGUGUCUUAAUGAUAUAGUUUUUGUUCAUCCGGCUCUUCACGGAAUGUUUACAUUUUUACAAAUGCAUUUUCUUUUCGUUAACUCACAGGUGUUGGUAGAACGUUUUGGAUUAGCAGCGAGAUUCGGUUUCAUUCAUUUAGCAGCGACGAAUGUUGCUGUCUGGGCGCGUCUCGUUAUUUGGGACUCGGCUUUAGAAUGGACGUACUUUGUACAUUUAGCUCAGAGAGGUCAAGAUAAAUCAUCUUCUUUGAGUCUACGAGGGCUUUCUGGAUCCCUUACAAGACACACUCGCGACAUUUUAGGACAUUCUUCAGAAUAUAUCAUAGGUAAAUACCAGCCAAUUUCAGAUGAAAAAAUAGCCCAGGUAGUGACUCUUCAAGAAUGUUUAAAUACAAAUACACUAGGUCAAUUAUGGACGUCCAGUAUGUCAUUUCUUUACCCAUUUAUUGUUCAAUUUAGUUUAAUUGCAGCAGCGGUGACAUUUGUGAUGGGUCAAAAUGUCGGUAAAAAUCGUUUUUCUCAUAAACAAAAAUUUCACAGCGUAAAAGACUUGACAGGAAACACGCGAGUGGGCUGCGAUGGAGCAAGUAAAGGUCUUUUUCUUGGUAUCCUCAGUAUGACAGCCGGCAUCGUGGUUAUUCUUAUUUUCCUUGUCGUACGUGAAGACGAAAAUUUUCCACCUGCAACACUGUCCUGGCUUACCAGCGGAACACUCAUAGGAAUUUUAAGUUUGAGUGGAGUAAUGACAGCCAGUGGUCUAGUUCAAGUGCGACAAAUGUCAAUAGUAUCGCGAGCACCUGCCUCACUGGACAAUAUUUUAUCUAAUGUAGCUAUCUUUGGUGUUCAACUGUACUCGAUAUUUACUGCAGUUGUGUGCGCUUGUUUCUUGGCAACUGUUGACAGCGAACACGAGACAGACAGUCGCGGUCGGCAUAUUAUGCUUCUGACAGCAUCAGUACUACAGCUUGCUCAGUGUUUUGCUCAGAGUACAUUGAUAGCCGAGGCUUCCAAGAGGUCGUGCAUCACUCGUUUUCAAAUGAUGACCAAACCAGCACGUCAAGUCGUUACAUUUUUGUUAUUUAGCAACGCCGUUCUCUGGGCUUUUGAUACAGUCGUCACUCAAAAUUGGAUAUCCCAAGAAAUCCAACUCAGGUUCUUUGGUGUACUGGCUUGGGGAAUUAUUUCACGAAUUUGCGUACCAUUGUUAGUAUUCUAUAGAUUCCAUAGCUGUGUUCUAUUGUUAGAAAUUUGGAAUAAAUGCUACAGAACUCCAAGAGGCGAAUUACCACUUAACUGACGGCACGUCUCGUCACAACGUUCAAGACCUCAAUCAAACAAACAUCGCGCUCACAAAAAAAUAAAACAAGUAACACUGGAUUGUCCCACCCACCGAAUGCCCAGUGGUCUUACUUGCGAUCCAAAUCCUCUUUUCAUUGACGACUCGAUUCAUUACAUCCAUC